CCGAGCCAGGCUCUUCCGGGCAGCGGGGCCAGCGCGGUGCGAGGCCGGCGGCCGGGGAUUGCGUGACAGCAGCACAGAUUCCAGGCCUGCAAGAGACAAGCCUCCCUGCUGCAGGAUCAUCAUUUCCAGGGGAGGAACACGCCAAAUAACUCCGAGGUCAGACACCUGAGCUUUUGAAGAUGGCACCAGAUAUCCCAUUAAAUAUUAAUAUCAAGGAGCCUCGAUGGGAUCAAAGCACUUUCAUUGGACGAGCCAAUCACUUCUUCACUGUAACAGACCCCAGGAAUAUUUUGUUAUCUAAUGCCAAACUGGAAAAUGCAAGAAAAAUUGUGCAUGAUUACAGACAAGGUAUUGUGGCACCUGGCUUGACAGAAGAUGAGCUGUGGAGAGCAAAAUACAUUUAUGAUUCAGCCUUUCACCCUGACACUGGGGAGAAGAUGUUCGUGAUCGGCCGAAUGUCUGCCCAGGUGCCCAUGAACAUGACUAUCACAGGCUGCAUGAUGACCUUUUACAGAACAACACCAGCAGUGUUAUUCUGGCAGUGGGUCAACCAGUCCUUCAAUGCUAUAGUAAACUACACCAACAGGAGCGGGGAUGCCCCAAUCACUGUCAGGCAGCUGGGAACAGCCUAUGUUUCUGCCACCACAGGUGCUGUGGCUACAGCCUUAGGACUUAAUUUACUAGCAAAGCGCGUCUCGCCUCUUGUCGGGAGGUUUGUUCCUUUUGCUGCUGUUGCUUCUGCCAACUGCAUCAAUAUUCCACUAAUGAGACAAAGGGAGCUCCAGUUUGGAAUUCCAGUCACGGAUGAGGAUGGAAAAAGGCUGGGUGAUUCAUCCAAAGCAGCUCAGCAGGCAAUUGCCCAGGUGGUGGUAUCCAGGAUUCUGAUGGCUUCCCCUGGCAUGGCAAUUCCUCCAUUCAUAAUGAACACCCUGGAAAAGAAAGCCUUUUUAAAGAAAUUUCCUUGGAUGAGCGCUCCCAUUCAGGUUGGAUUAGUUGGAAUCUGUCUCGUGUUUGCAACUCCCCUGUGUUGUGCACUGUUUCCUCAGAAAAGUUCCAUGUCGGUGUCACACUUGGAGGCAGAUUUGCAAGCCAAGAUCCGAGCAGACAGCCCUGGCCUAGAACGUGUAUACUUCAAUAAAGGAUUAUAAUUCAAGGAAGGCAAAGUAUCUUUCAAGGAGAAACUUAUGAACUUAUUUUUUGAAUUGUGUGCCAAGAUAGACAAGAACACACCUUUAUCUUGUCCUUUUGUUAAACAGGUUUGAUCAUCUGCAUUAUUUUACAGUUAAAGACUUUCCUCAGUAUAGUGUUUAAAUUGCCUAAGGUCACUUUGUCCACUUUGGUAUUGCUUGAAAGUUUAAACAUACAUAUCCAGAGAUGUUUACAUAAGUCUCAAGCAGCUACAAUAACAAUAAAGAAGCGCACAAUGAAAA